CUUUCAUUUCUCUCUCUAUAAUCUGUAUUCAUCCCCAACCAGUCCAGUUAUAAAGCUCUAAUUUUUAAGAAAAGAAGCCUAAUUUCGACGAAAAAGAAACCCACCAUGGCUUUCAUUUGUGGAUCUUCUGGCAACCAAGAAGACGACUUUGAAGUUCUUUGGCCAUCUCAAAGGAAAACAACAAGAAGACACAGUUUCUGCAGCAGAAGCAAUAAAGACAGCAAGAAUCCAUACUCAAAUCGUGGUCUUGAUAAAUUUGAAGCUCUUUUGGCCGAUCUUGAUGGCAAGCGACAGAAGAUCUUUACUCAAAAAGGGUCUGAAGAUAUCUCUUUUGUUCGGUUUGUCUACUCGAAUUCGAAUGAUGUCAAACCCAUUGUUGUCAAGAUCAAGGAUCAAAGAAAACAAGAUCAGAAACUCAAGGCCGAAAACCCUAAAACCGCUGAAUUAUCUCCACCGCAUCCGCCAAAUAGCAACAAAACUGGCGGUGGCACGAGGGUGGAAGGUGCAAAACCGUCGAUUGAUCUAUGCAAGAAGAAAGAUCAAUGGAGAAGAAAGGUUGGGGAUUGGUGGAAGCCAUGGUUUUGUUUGCCUCUUUUUGUGAUCUUGAUCUUGGUAUUUUUGGUGUUCUUUGGCCGGUCUUUCGCGAUAUUAUGCACGUCUUUAGGAUGGUAUCUGGUGCCGGCGACAUCUGAAAUAAACCCGAAAAGGCAGAAGAAGAUGGUGAAGAAAGAAUAUGCAAGAAAAUCGAGUGAAAAGAUGAUUAUAUCUCCAAGAAGCAUCCUCAACAGUGAACCGAUGAACAAUCAACCCCAUCGGAAAAGCUUUUGAUUUCAAGUUUUUUUGUUGUUAGUUUUGAAUUGUGGAUGAUGGGUGAUCCUGAUCCAUGUACAUAUUUUUUUAUUUGGUCACAUUUUUGAAUAUUGUAGCGGUUGGAAACUUGGGAAUUGAUUCAAUGUCCAUUGAACAACGA